CUGGCUGCAAGAAUCCUUUUGUUGUAAAACCUUCUUAUCACAACUGGUCCCCCUGGAUCGGUCCACAGACAAGACGAUCUGACAUUUUGUUAAACACUGAGAGUGAAAAAAUCUGUAUGCCUGAUUGGAGCAGUGAUGAAGACCAGUAUCUCACAGAAGAGCGGCUUGUAGACGAGGUUCUCAAUCUAAAGCUACCUGAGAUCAAGAGGCUGUGCAAGCAAUGUGGCAUUGACAGCAGAGGCUCAAAGAUGGACCUUGUGCUUCGUCUGCGUGACAAAAUGGCUUCCAGAGCUACCUACAACAAAGUGUUUAAAAAAGUCUGGGGUGCCUCUGGUGGGUGGGCUGUAAUCACCUGUCCUUGUGGAGUGAUAUAUUCCAUAAAGUUUAACCUGAGAUCUGAGAGUCCAAGAGACUUUGCAGAUCUGCUUUUAUCCUGGAAGUUUUUUCCAAAUAUUACAGUUUAUGACUACCCCAGGGGACUAGUAAGUCAUCUAAAGAACAGGUGCCCUGAGGAUACACCAUUUACCAUCCACGAAGGUAGAUUGCUCGAUCCCACAGCAAAAAACAUCAGACAAGCUGCUGAGGGAAAACUUCAAGUGAGCUUACCGUGGCUGAAGCACAAAAAAGAACCAAAAGAAAAGGGAGGGCAUCCUGUUACUGGCUCCUCGCAGCACUACUGUUUGAGCGAUGGUUUCCACCAACACAACAACAAAGAUGAAAGGGAUAUUUUGAGGCAGACUGAAAUUGUUCCGGAACUUGCAGGAAGAUUAAACAGCCAGUGUGCAGAGCAGCUCUUCGCAGGCAUGAGGAAAAAUAACUAUUUCCUAAAUAUGCUCACCCCAUCUGCACAUGUCUUCCUGCAAAGAAAUAUCCUGCACCACUACAAUGUGAGGAAAAACACAAGCAAAGCAAGACCUUCAGAAAGUAGCUGGGCCUCAUGCAGCACUGGUUCUUGACUGAAAUGGAUGCAUUGAUGGGUAAUACUGGACUGUUUAUUCAUAAUGUUGUUUUUUUAAUAGCAGUGCAUGACAUGAAAGUGCUCUGGAAAGCUUUCUCAGCAUGGACAGUCUCUGGAGAAGGAAUGACAAGCCCACAAUUUCAGCAGAUGUUCUAUUUCUCUUUCUACAAACUCAAACUCGGAUAGCACCUCUAGACCACUUCAUUGGUUUUAACAGGAAUUAUUAAGGAUUGAAAUAGCCUAGUAGGAACAGUGUUUAUGAUCAAUUUUGAUCCAAUGAAUGGUAACCUACCAUCAUACUAAAUGGUAAGAGUUUAUUUUAAAAAAUAAAGUUCCUGACAUAUACAUAA